CUCGUGAUUUCUGGUCAAAAAUGCGUAAAAACUGUCAAAGUCUUAGAUCUCCUGAAAUAAUAAAUGUCAUCAUCCAUAACCAACAAACAAAGUCUGAAGAAGUUCAUGAAAUUGAUGCAGCACAUGCUAAAUUGUUGGAUUACGUCGAGGAAAAUCCUACACCCGAAAAAUCAGCUCAGAUUGUAUCUGAGCUUGCCAAAAAGUUGACUAAGUGUACUCAGUUUGAAAUUUUAAAACUGCAGGCUGAAAAAAAACAGACUCAAAAAGAUAUAUUAAUUCCUGAAUCUGAAGAACCUUCAAGCUUCAAAAUGGCAGAUCUAGCUGAUGGUGGUGCAACGUUUAAAAAGAAAAAUGCCAAAA